GAGCUGGAGCUGAAGCACGAGCAACACCAGAAGAUCCUGCGCAUCAAAACGGAGGAGAUCGCAGCUUUCCAGAGGAAGCGGCGGAGCGGCAGGCACGGCCCCCGGGUAAGCUUCUCCUCCCAUCAGAAAAUUGAGGAACAGAAGAAGUGGCUGGACAUGGAGAUGGAUAAAGUCCUUGAGCAGCGCCGGGCCCUAGAUGAGCUGGAAGAUGAGCUGAGGAAGCGGGAAACUAUCGUGGCCAAGAAGGAAGCCCUGCUGCAGGAGAAGAACGGCCUGGAGAGCAAACGACUUCGCUCCAGCCAGGCCCUGACAGAUGACAUAGUGCGUGUGUCCAGCCGCCUGGAGCACCUGGAGAAGGAGCUGACUGAGAAGAACGGGCAGCUGCGUCACGGCAGCGCCCACGACCAGCAGCAGAUCCGCCAGGAGAUCAACAGCCUGCGCCAGGAGAAGGACCAGCUGCUCAAACAGAGGCUGGAGCUGGACAACAAGCUGCGUCAGGGCACCCUGCUGUCCCCAGAGGAAGAACGGAUCCUGUUCCAGCUGGAUGAGGCCAUUGAAGCUCUGGAUGCAGCCAUUGAGUACAAGAACGAGUCCAUCACGUGCAGGCAGCGAGUGCUGCGGGCCUCAGCCAGCCUGCUGUCCCAGUGUGAGAUGAACCUCAUGGCCAAGCUCAGCUACCUUUCCUCCUCCGAGACCCGAGCUCUGCUCUGCAAGUACUUUGACAAGGUGGUGACACUGCGGGAGGACCAGCACAGGCAACACAUUGCCUUCUCCGAGCUGGAGAUGCAGCUGGAGGAGCAGCAGCAGUUGGUGUACUGGCUGGAGGCAGCCGUGGAGCGUCAGCGCCUGGAGAUGGACCGUCAGCUCACCCUGCAGCAGAAGGAGCACGAGCAGAACAUCCAGUUACUGCUCCAGCAGAGCCAGGAGCACAUGGAUGAGGGCCUGGCCAGCAGCAAGCUGCAGUAUGAGGCAAGGAUUCAGGCACUGGAAAAGGAGCUGAGCCGUUUUAUGUGGGCAAACCAGGAGCUGAACCAGAGGCUGAAUAACAUGACCCUCCAUCCUGGACAGACCAAAG